GGGGGCUGUACCUCCCUCGUGCCGUCCUCGUCGGCCGUGAGCCCCCGUGCGGGCAAGAGCCAGGGUCAGAGCCCCUGCAGAGAAUCCGCCUAUUCUCCUCUGCUUACCCCAGGCAGAUUCCCAUCCUUCCGGAAACACAAGCCACCAUCAUCCAUAAUUCAUCAGGUGCUGAACUUCAUCAAGGAGCCACCUGACACCCGGGCUGGGUGCUCCACCCUCCUCCGGGGUGGGAAGGCGCCGGUCCAGGCGGCCGAGGGGCAGGAAGCGCGUCCGGUCUCCUCGGCCUGGGGCGGCGAUCCUUCUGUCGGAGGAGAUGGGUUCAACAAGGGCUCUGGUGUCUCUGCUUCCCCUUUUCAUAAAUAAACAUCUGCUUCUCAUCCCUCCGGGAAGUUUAAGCCAUUGUAGAGCCAAAUAUAAAACCGAAACAGUGUUUUUAAGUAGCGAUGAGCGGAUUGCUCCGUUACCGUUCACCGAGGCAUCCACAAUCACACACAGAACACCCUUCAAAUAAAACAUUGUGGGUCAAUGACUUUAAUGCUUGAAAUGUGCAUCGGAGGUGUGUGUGUGGCAGAAGCUAUGCAGGAUUCAGGCUAGGCUCUCUGCCUGCACACUGGGAAAUCCUGCAGAAUACAGAAUCAUCCCCUCCAAUUUAUAGCUUGCUCACCAAAUCCUGUCAGAUCUUUUACGUGCCAAAAAGAAUCUGUCUGACUUUUUCCAGCACAAACCCAGACGAAAUGGCAAUUCUUUUUUUACCUGUCUUAAAUCCUCACAAUCUGUGUGAGCAAGCUCUCCUGUAUAAAGAUAGCAAGAGGAUGAAAACCAGCAGCAGCAUUCCCAGCCACACCUUCCCACCGUUAGUGGUACAGCAACUGCAUGACAAGUAACAGGACACAGACGCAAGUGGCGGAGAGAGGCAUGUGCUGCUCCACAGCAUCACAGUCCUGCCAAGCUCCUUUCUCUGCAGAGAGCCGGCGUGCCCUGGCAGCACAGCUCCACCGCCUCUUACUUGCCAGAUGCUUACUAGGGAGGGAGAGCGAUACAGAACUUGCAUUUAUUUCCACUCUGCAAAGGGGUAAAUGUAAGAGCACAAGGACAGAACCUCUGACUUCCACCCUUAAACAGAGGGACCAGAUCCUCUGCAAACCAAACUCUGCUGAAAUCUAAUGGUGUCUGGUCACUGGUCAGAAGCUUGGGCCAACAUUCCUUAUCUUGGGCAGAACAGUUUGCCUUAUGCCACAGUGUCUCCAGUUCUUACUGGAAUUAAAGAUCUCCUUGCCUGGCAGAGCGGGCUGGGGCUCCCAGCCUGCCCCUUGAGGUAACCAGGAGUCAGCGGGGAUGAGACUUUCUGCUCACCACUCUCCCCCCCCCCGCAGGCUCAGCGUAUUAUGAUAACGUCCGUCCCUUGGCCUACCCGGACUCAGACGCUGUGCUCAUCUGCUUUGACAUCAGCCGCCCGGAGACCCUGGACAGCGUGCUCAAGAAGUGGCAAGGGGAGACGCAGGAGUUCUGCCCCAACGCGAAGAUUGUGCUGGUUGGCUGCAAGCUGGACAUGCGGACAGACCUGAACACGCUCCGGGAGCUUUCCAAACAGCGCCUCAUCCCUGUGACGCACGAGCAGGGCAGCGCGCUGGCACGGCAGAUUGGGGCAGUGGCCUACGCCGAGUGCUCCUCCAAGGUCUCGGAGAACAGCGUACGGGAUGUGUUUCACGUGACCACACUUGCCUCGGUCAACAGGGUGCACAAGAACUUGAAGCGCAGCAACUCCAAACGGGGACUGAAGCGGGCGUCACAGAUGCCUGGCAGGACGGACUUACUGAAUGACACAGAGAUCAGGAAAGACCGAGCCAAGAGCUGCUCCAUCAUGUGAAAAACAGGCUGUAAAUAAUGUGUGUGUGUUGUCCAUUUUGUACAGUAACUGGCUGAGACAAGGGCAUGGUGCUGGCUGCGGGAGCCAGCCUGCCUUUCCAAAGCCUUUCUCUCAGUCUCUAGGGCUGAGCAAAGGUCUCAGCUGCAAACCAGGGUGCACGAGUUGCCCCCCACCGUGGAGACUUCUGGGUUGGCUGCUGCUGUGCGGAUUGCUUGGGAUGAAGGAACCACUUGGCAGAGGAGCGUUCAGGUGCUGGAAGGUCUGUGACUGGGUGAAACAAAGCAAAAGGGAGAGAGCCUGUGCGUGUGCCACCUUCCCGUACCUGCGGCCCAGCUGCUGUCCUGGGCAGCUGUGCAGCACGUGCAGCUCUGUGGGACCUGGGCGGGAGGGCGGGAGGGGCUGCAGUUGCGAGCAGCAGAGUGCCAUCAGGAGAAGGUAUUCUUCCAGUCUUCGUUUAGAAGAGAAAUUGUUUGAGUGGUGCUGCCUUCAGCUGGGCUGGACAGCACAUUGCCAUGGAAGGUCUGGGCCAGAGCUGGGAGGGAAGGAACCUCAACCUGUUCAGACACCACGGUAGUUCACCUCCUGCGAAGAAAACACAUAGGUGGCUCUUUACAUGGUACUUUAGAUACUUGAACUCCUUUUGAAAUGCGGCAGAGUGGCUCUGGCUCCAAGGGAGAGGUCUGUCCUGGUAGAUGCAUCCUGAGAAUUGUGGUUCCCUUCAGCAAGCAAAUGCCACUUGGGAGCUUGUGUCCCAGGUGCUGACAGCCUGGUCCCUCAUCAGACUGCUCCCUGCCACCGGCAGCUGCGUUUCUGAGGCACACUGCUUCCGAAAGAGCAGACUGCAAUAACUGUCCGUAUCCUCCCCUCCACCCAUUUCCAGCUGCCGAUUGUGUUGCAUGGUGCUGUGUUUGUCUGGUACAGGUAACCAAAAAGAUUGUAAGCCUCUCUGCACCCUGUCUCCACUGUGGCAGCGAGAGGGAAGGUGCUCCCUGCGCUUCUUGCCUCGCUGUGCAGCCUCCUCCCGACACCUCUCAUUGCUUCUGCUGCUGCCCUCUCUAAAUGCCUUUGACUACAGUGUUAGCCUUGACUUCAUGUCACAUAGACACUUUAAGGAAAAAAGAAUCUGCUCCAUUGCCAGAUCCAGCUGUGUCAGUGGGCUACAGAAAACAAAUAAACAUCAUUGGAAAAUGCGUA